AUGCUCACCCCUAACUUUAAGAUCGAUCGCGAGUUUCGUGGUCACGUUGAGGAUGUACGCUCAAUCGCCUCUCAGUCAGGAAGUUCAAGUUACUUCGCCACUGCUAGCAGAGACAAAACAAUACGAAUAUGGAACCUAGAUCAUGAUGAAACUUCGCUCCCAGAGCAGAAAGUUUUCAAUGGGCAUGACUCCUUCGUUACUUGCGUACACUGGGUUCCUGAAGGUUUUCUGGACUUUAAGGAAGAAAUUCUUCUUUCGGGUAGCAGGGACCGGCGUGUUCUAGUCUGGAGUAUUCCAAGGGGAUUAGUUUUGAAAGAAUUAAAUGGACAUGCGAUGGAUAUUACUGCAGUUAUUGUCCUAAAAAAUGGAGACAUAGUUACUGCCAGUCAAGACUCUCAUAUUUGUGUUUGGAGGAAGUUCAAGUUGCUCAAGACUCUUUCUGGUCACAUUAGUUCGGUACUUUCUUUGGCGGCAUUAACAGAUUCUGAAUUUCUUUCAGGUGGAGCGGAUGGAACUAUCCGUCACUGGUGUAGUGACCAUAGUUGUUCAAAUAUACUUCAAGCUCACAGUGAUUCAGUUCGUAGCUUAUGUUAUAUUCCAAAUCUUGGAAUUUUGUCCGCAUCCCAUGAUAAUACGGCGAAGCUUUGGUCUACUCAAUAUAGACUUGAGCGCACUUUUCUUGGCCAUACAUCUCUUAUAUAUUCCAUUCAUUUCUUUCAUAACAGUGAAAAAAAUUGUUUUGUAGUUACUUCAAGCGAGGACAGAAGUUGCAAAAUUUGGAACAUACAUGGAGAAUGUAUACAGACCAUUGUACAUCCAGGAUGUGUUUGGUCAAUCUUAAUGAAAGGUACAAGCUUACUAACAGCUUGCUCUGAUGGCGUAGUAAGGAAGUUUAUCUUGAAUGAAUCUUUACAUGGUCCACGUACAAUAGAAGUUUUCACGAGGCUUGAAGAAAAAGAGAAUUCUCAAAUAAAAAUGAAUCUUGCAGUUAGGGACUCUAAAGUCCUUAGUGAACCUGGAUCUUUUGAAGGACAAGUUCAAGUUUGCACCGAUGAAAGUGGUAAAUCAAAAGCGUACAUUUGGAAAAUAGCUUCUCAGCAAUGGGAGUUAUUGGGCAAGGUCAUCACAGAAUCUCCCAAAAAUGUUAGAAAUCUCGAAAGAACUGAUUAUGUCUUUGACAUUGAUGUCCAAGACGGCGUGCCCCCGUUGAAAUUAACUUUUCGUAGCGGUCAAGACCCAGCUAGUGUUGCGGAAGAAUGGCUCCAGACUAAUAUGUUGCCAUUCUCAUAUAAGGAGAAAAUUAUCGAAUUUUUACUUCAAAAUGUUCAGGAAAAAGAUAUUUCUUUUGGGAAGAAAGAAAGUGAGAUUUUGCAACCUUUACAAAAGACAGCAGCCUACAUACCGACACUUUCACACGUGUACUUUGAUAAGAUCAAUUUCGAAGGAAUUUUAGCUAAGCUUACAGAAUUUGGAUUGAAUGAAGAAAAAAAAGGUAUCUUGAAGGGAUCCAGUAUAUGGAGUUCAGAUGUGGAAAAUAAAGAGAAUGCACAAGUCCAUGCAGUAAUCACAGAGUUAUUAUCGAUGAGGGUUGAAUAUUUGUUCCCAACUUUUGAUCUUAUUCGGAAAGCAAUAUUAUUUCCAGAGUAUGUAACUGAAAUAAUGAAAUAUGAUAUAGAACUUGAAGGAGCUUUUUUGCGUGCCAUCAAUCAUCCGGCAACAACACAAAAUGUACUCACUGCUAUUCGGUUCGCGAAUAACUGCUUUAGAACUGAGGAACUGCUUGAAAAAAUAAUUUUCUCGCACGUGAAGCGGAUCUUUUCAUGUCUUGCUUCAGUAGCUGAUCAGCCAAUGAAACCCGCUCUGUGUAUAUCAAUUUGUACCUUUAUUAUGAACUUCUCAAUCAGUAUACUGCAUGGAAAAAUAGAUAAAAAAGAGAACUGGAGCGAAAUCUACAUCUUAUUUCUCGGGGUUAUGCUGCAACUCCUUAGAAACACUUCAGCCGAGGAUGACGGCAGUAAAAUGAGACUAAUCAUAGCUCUUGGUAAUUUCGUAUAUGAUUCAAGUGUUAGAAGGAAGUUAGUGAGCUUGGAAAUACAGGAAUAUGUUAUAAAAUAUAAGGAACAGACGAGUGGAUUGGAACUUCAAGGUGCUGCAGAAGAGACGUUGAAUGAAAUUUCGAAAGUGUAA